UUAACCCUUUAUUUUUCAUAAAGGCAAUUCACUGUCUGAUCGUCUGCUUACCCACUCAAGACACAGAAGAACCAACAAGCUUAGCCUUUAAAAUUGUCGAAUUCUGUUGGUUGUGUCUUCCUCUCUGCCCACAGAAUGCCAAAAUUGAUUCUCCAUGACAAUGGGUGGUGGCCACCAUACCCUUUGGUAGCAGCAGAGGAUAUGGUAUCCAGGUAGAAGAAGGUGAAGGAAAAAAGAUGGAAGAUAAGUUAAAGAGAGGAAUAUGAUAGAUAUCAUGUUGACCUCAUGAUAGAAAGAGGAGCUUUGUUGGUGCACCUUAAAACCUCUCUUAGCUUUUGUGGUGGAGCUUAUAGAGGCCGAAACAAAGAGACAGGAUAGCUAUAGACAACAUGGUGCUUGGCCUUGAAAAUGAUUUUUAUAGUUUUCAACUUGGUAACGAAAAACAAUAAAUAAAUAAAUAAAUAAUUAAAAAAUUAAAGAAAAAUUUCUUUGACUGCAUUUUAAAAAUGGCCCCCAAUUAAUUUAUCAAGAAGACAACUCAUUCUCUGAAUCUGAACCUCUGCUUGCCCACUACGGACAGAGAAGAACCAAAAACCUAAGCAUGUGAACUUGUCGAUAUCUGUUGGCUGUGUUUUCCUCUCUGUCCAUCGAAUGCCAAAAGUGGUUCUUUAUGACAAUGGGUUGUGGCAACCAUCCCCUUUAGAAGCAGCAGAGGAUAUGAUAUCCAGGUAGAAGAAGCUGAAGGAAAAAGAUCAAAGCUGAGUUAUGCAGAGGAAUAAAAUAUCAUGUUCUCAAAUGUUGUUUUGGCCUACCAUUGCAUUUUUCUUCCUUUCACUGUUGCUUCUGACAUCAAGCCUUGAUGCUGCAAGUAAUGAUUCCCAAAAGAAUAGGGAUGAGGUAAUUGUCUCACAUCAUGGUGCUGUUGCCACUGAUGAUGGUCGAUGUUCUAGAAUUGGGGUGGAUGUUCUUCGUGAAGGAGGUCAUGCUGUUGAUGCAUCGGUAGCUGCUGCUCUUUGUUUAGGGGUUGUAAGUCCAGCAUCAAGUGGCAUUGGUGGAGGUUCCUUCAUGCUUAUCAGGCAAAGCAGUGGGGAGGCUCAAUUCUUUGAUAUGAGAGAAACUGCCCCCUUGCUAGCUUCAAAGGAUAUGUAUGGUGGCAAUGCUACUCUGAAAUCAAAAGGUGGUCUCUCAAUAGCAGUUCCAGGUCAACUUGCGGGCCUUCACAAAGCUUGGAAACAAUAUGGGAAGCUUCCAUGGAGAAGACUAGUAAAACCAGCAGAGCGUUUAGCUCGUUUGGGAUUUAAGAUAUCACCAUACCUCCGCUUCCAAAUGGAGCAAACAAAAUCAGGAGUCUUUGCGGAUAAAGGUCUUCGUGAUGUAUUUACAUCAAAUGGCAGUCUCUUGCAGCAAGGUGAUAUCUGUUAUAACAAGAAACUAGCACAGACACUCAAAAGGAUUGCAGAUUAUGGCAUAAAGGACUUCUAUAAUGGAUCAAUUGGCAUCAAUUUGGUUAGAGAUAUUCAGAAGGCUGGAGGUAUAGUAACAAUAAAGGACUUGCAAAGAUAUCAAGUAAAACUGAGAAAGCCAAUCUCUACAAACUUUCGAGGGGUUGACUUGCUUACUGUUUCUCCCCCUUCUGGGGGUCCACCAAUGAUACUUUUGCUAAACAUUCUUGCACAGUAUGGAAAUCUUUCUGGAGUUUCUGAUUCUCUUCAGAUUCAUCGACAAAUUGAAGCACUGAAACAUGUAUUUGCUGUGAGGAUGAAUCUUGGUGACCCUGACUUUGUGGAUGUGUCUAAAGUUCUCUCUGAUAUGCUCUCACCCAAGUUUGCAGAAGAAUUAAAGAAAACCAUAUAUGAUAACAUGACUUUUCCUCCCAACCAUUAUGGUGGCAGGUGGAAACAGAUCCUUGAUCAUGGCACCAGUCAUUUAUGCAUCGUAGAUAAUGAACGAAAUGCAAUCUCGAUGACUACUACUGUGAAUUCCUAUUUUGGUUCACAUUUCCUGUCACCUAGCACAGGAAUCAUCUUAAACAAUGAAAUGGAUGAUUUCUCCAUGCCUGCAAAUGUUUCUGCAGAUGUUCCACCACCAGCGCCAGCCAAUUUUAUCAGCCCAGGAAAGAGGCCAUUAUCAUCCAUGUCACCUACCAUAGUCCUGAAGGAUAACCAACUGAAAGCUGUAGUUGGUGCAAGUGGGGGAGGAAUGAUCAUUGCAGGAACUGCAGAGGUCUUCUUAAAUCAUUUUGCCCGGGGAUUGGAUCCUCUCUCCUCAGUCUUUGCUCCAAGAAUCUAUCAUCAGCUGAUACCCAACAAGGUUUAUUAUGAGAAUUGGACAACCGUAACUAGGGACCACUUUGAAAUUCCGGCAAAUAUCAGGGAAGCCCUUCAAAAGAAGGGCCAUGUCCUAGAGUCCCUUUCUGGUGGAACAAUUUGCCAGUUUAUAGUUCUAGACUCAGAAACCUCGAAUAAAAAUGAUAGCCUUGGAGAGCUUGUAGCAGUAAGCGAUCCAAGAAAAGGUGGGAUUCCCUCUGGUUAUUGAAAACAGUUUUAGGCCCCUAAUAGUGGCCCUGUAAUAAAUCUUUUUCCUUUCUUUCUAUGGAACAAUUAUUAUUAUUAUUAUUAUUAUUUUCCACUCCUUCUAGUGGUUUAAAAUACCGAGUUAUCCAAUAGAUAGGAAUUUGAGUAUUUGUCAUGGAA